ACUCUCGCGAUACGAUGCGCAGUUUCCCAGCCAGCAGUAGUGUGGUGUGUGCGCGACAGAGACAAGGAAAGAUGGCGACGCAGGAGAGCGAGGCGACUAAGGCUACCGUGAGCAACGGCGAGGUGAGCAGCAAUGGGACUGCUGCAACAACAGAUGGGCAAACUGUGCAGGCAGCUGGAAAUGCACAGGACGCUCAACAGCAACAGCAGCAACAAGCACCAAAUGCAUGGCAGGUCAUUAAAGGAGUUCUCUUCAGAAUUUUCAUAAUCUGGGCAAUCAGUAGCUGGUUCCGCCGAGGGCCAUCAACUCCAGACCCAAACACACCAGCCGGGGCACCCAGAGUACCCAGCAGGAACCUCUUUCCCAAGGACACCCUCAUGGACUUGUACGUCUAUGUUUCCCAGGAGGAGGUGUUCUCUGACUUCAACAACACAGAGGCCCUGUUCUGGUUCCACAGGGACCUGGUCUAUGGAGACUGGACCACAGGGGAGAAUGGGGAUGGCUGCUACCAGCAUUAUAAGGAGAUGGACAUCCCAGAGAAAGUGCAGCAGAAUGGCUCCUUGUACAUACACGUCUACUUCACUAAAAGUGGGUUCAACCCAGACCCCAAACGCAAAGGCCAGUAUCGCAGACUGGCAACAGUUCAUGCAACACGAAUGCUAAACAAAUUUAAACGCAGAAAGUUUCUGAAGACCAAGAAUCUGCUAACAGGAGAGACGGAAGCAGAUCCUGAGAUGAUAAAGCGGGCAGAGAGCCAUGGUCCAGUUGAAAUAAUCUCUCACUGGCACCCAAACCUCACCAUCAAUAUGGUGGAUGACCACACUGCCUGGGUCAAGGGCUCUGUCCCUCCUCCUCUAGACCAGCAUGUUAAGUUUGAUGCAGUAAGCGGCGACUACUAUCCAAUCGUGUACUUCAACGACUACUGGAACCUUCAGAAGGAUUACUAUCCCAUUAAUGAGACCCUGACAAAACUCCCACUUCGCCUCACCUUCUGCCCGCUGUCUCUGUGGCGCUGGCAGUUGUAUGCUGCACAGAACGCACGUUCACCGUGGAAUUUCCUACCUGAGGACACCUAUGAACAGUCUGAUGAAGACCAAGACUCUGUUAAGGUGGCCCUUCUGGAAACCAACCCCUAUCUCCUGGGACUGACCAUUGUUGUCUCUAUUGUGCACAGCAUCUUUGAGUUCUUAGCCUUCAAGAAUGACAUCCAGUUCUGGAACAGCCGGCAGUCUUUGGAAGGUCUGUCGGUACGGUCCAUCAUCUUCGGUGUGUUCCAGUCUCUGGUUGUGCUGCUGUACAUUCUAGACAAUGAGACCAACUUUGUGGUGCAAGUCAGUGUCUUUAUUGGCCUUCUUAUCGACCUAUGGAAAAUCACCAAGGUCAUGGAUGUCAAAUUGGAUAGAGAGAACAAAAUCGGAGGAGUGCUCCCAAGAUUGGUAUUCACUGACAAAUCAACAUAUGUGGAGUCUUCGACGAAAAUCUAUGAUGACAUGGCCUUUAAGUACUUGUCGUGGCUUCUCUACCCUCUGUUUGGCUGCUAUGCUGUCUACAGUUUAUUGUACGUAGAGCACAAAGGCUGGUACUCAUGGGUACUCAGCAUGCUCUAUGGCUUCUUGUUAACUUUUGGUUUCAUUACAAUGACGCCACAGCUUUUCAUCAAUUACAAAAUGAAGUCUGUGGCCCACCUCCCAUGGAGGAUGCUCACCUACAAGGCUCUCAAUACCUUUAUUGAUGACCUGUUUGCCUUUGUCAUCAAGAUGCCCAUGAUGUACAGGAUAGGAUGCCUCAGAGAUGAUGUUGUGUUCUUCAUCUACCUUUACCAGCGUUGGAUCUACCGGGUCGAUCCCAACAGGGUCAAUGAGUUUGGUACCAGUGGAGUAGACCACACUCAGAACAACACAGCAGCAGCAGACGCUGCUCCUGCAGUCACAGCCAUCACAGACAAAUCAGAGGGGGAGAAGAAGAACGAUUAAGCAUGACCACAACCUUAUCUGCCUCCCUUGCUCUCACUGCUGGGGCAAAGAGGACUUGUGAAAAUCAGGCAGGGAAGAUAGUCGCUGUUUAGCAGUCAUGGACGCCGCUACUAAAAAAAAUACGCAGUUUCACUGUUCCCUCUGAUUUCUGUGUGGAUCCACAGAGAAUCAUAUUCAGUGUAGACUUGGUAAAUUCUUAUUUCUGUUCCCCGCCCAUCCCCACCCUCUUGUUUUGCAGUUCCAGUGAAGUAAAACAAAACGUGAUGUACUGUAUUCUGUAUGAUUUUCAGAGGGUAACAGUGUCUCCGACUUGAGGUUGGGAGGGGAACGGGUUGCAGUUACACUUUUUUUUUUUUUUUUAUCUUUUUUUUUUUAUACGGGGAAGAAAGAGGCCAAGUGCAACUUUUGAUCUUUGUGUAGAUUCCUUGUGAAUUUUUCUUUUCAUUCCAUGUGAGCACCAUUUUUCGGAUUGCCUGGAAACUGGUGAGUAGUGCUGGAGGAAACUGGAAAGGUCCUGAGCCAAAAUGGAGGUUUAGAACAGACUGGAAGGAGAAGGAUGAUCCUACAAGACACUACCCACAAGACAGUGACUACUACCUUCAAUUUUAAACAAAUGUUUAAUGUUCUGAACUUGGAACAUAAAAAAAUAACAGCCUUGUUGGUAUUAAUAUAAAUAUAUUAAUAUUGUCAAUGACUUAAUUUUUGUUUUCAGUCACUGAAACAUUCUUUUGUAUGUCCUAAAUCUGUACAGAAUCUCAGCUUAUGUUAAUAAUACUGAUGUCAGAACUGUCCAGCAAUAGCUAAUUUGUAAGUUUAAUUUCUUUUCCUCCUUCAGCCAGAUUUCUCAUUUUUAAAUUGUUUCACGCUCCAAACCAAUUACCUUGACAGGCAGGAUGGAGACAGUCAGGAGUGUACCAGAAGAAUUACAGUGUCUCUUGUUUUUAUUUUGAGUGCUGUAAAUCCUGAAACUAAGAGGGUUCCAUGUUGGUACAUAUUAAAUUUUGAGCAUUCAUGUUUAUAGUAAAAAAUUAAGUGUGAUUUAAAAACGUCUAAGCACAUUUAUUUUGUUCUAAUUUAACCCAAGCAAUCAAUGACCUGACUGGGUUUUCUUUUUACAUGUUAAAUUAGUUUUAAAGUACUUUUAAAGUGUGUGUGUGUAAACUCGUAAAGGUUUGAGUUCAGAAAAACCUUUAUCUUUUAUUGCACUAGCCAUGUUCCUCUUUAACGGUUUGGCUUUAAGGACAAUAUUCAUGUGUUCUGUUUGCAGAACUAGUUGCAUGUGUGCUUUUAUAAAACUUUGAGCAAGGGACUAAUUAUAAUGCAUUCAGAUAUCCUAAAUGUUAUUAUUUUAAACCUUCCUCCAAACAGCCACAUCUUGAUACUGUUUUGCAUGACUACUGUGGCACAUGGUACAUUACAAAUCCACAUUACUAAUAAUACUCCUUCAAGGACAGAAAUGUCAUUUAAUGUGUUUGAUAAUAUAAAGUAUGUUCAGCUUUG